AUUUCAGUUACUGUUAAAAUGGGUAAUAGAUCGAGUCUUCUCCUGCGCGAAGAUGAAAUAGCACAGAUACAAAAUGCUACUGGUUUUACACCGAACCAAAUUGAGCGAUUAUAUAGCCGCUUUACAAGUCUAGAUCGCGGAGAUUGUGGAACACUAAGUCGUGAAGAUUUUCUUAGAAUUCCAGAAUUAGCAAUAAAUCCACUUGGUGAAAGGAUAGUGAACGCUUUCUUUGAGGAAAGCGGAAAUGACAGAGUAAAUUUCUUACAAUUCAUGCAAGUCUUGGCUCAUUUUAGACCUAUUAAGAAGAAUAGUCCUAAUCGAUUGAACUCCAGACAGCAGAAGUUGAGAUUUGCAUUUAAAAUGUACGACUUGGAUAAUGAUGAUUUGAUAUCAAAAGAUGAAUUGCUUGCUAUCUUGCACAUGAUGGUUGGUGCUAAUAUUAGUGAAGAACAAUUAACUAGUAUUGCAGAACGAACCAUAUUGGAAGCAGAUGAAAAUGGUGACAGUAUGAUAUCAUUCGAAGAAUUUUGCAAAGCAUUAGAACGUACGGAUGUUGAGCAAAAAAUGUCCAUAAGAUUUCUCAGUUAAAAAUUGAUUGUAGCUAUGUAAAAUAUUACAUAGAAUUUAUAAAUAGGGGUUGAUAUAUUGUAAAUUUAUUGCUAUUAUGAGAUUGUGCAAAAUAUAUCUAUCUAUGUAAAUAGCAAACAAAAUUGUUUACAAUUUUGAGAUAAAAAAUAGUAAUUGGCGGUAUAAUGUACGAUAUUUAAUACGUUUACUGUCUGUGUAUUCUUAUGUGGUUUAGGAUAGAUAUAAUUCAGUAUAUAUUUAAAAGCAUUCUCAAAUAGUGAAUGUGUUAAGUCCUUCCAAAUUUUUGUGAGACUUGGGAAUUGAGCAAACAUAACUGAAUGUACAUGAAUAUGCAUAUUGAAUAUAUGUAUAUAAACGAUAGUAAAUUAAAAUAUACUUAAUUUCUUAAACGAGAUAAAGUUGUCUAAUUAUCGUUUGAUUAAUUUUGUAUGUUAAAACAUAAAAAAAUUCAUUGCACGAGUUUCUAUCGUAAUAGAAAAAAGCAGAAAUAAUGUUAUGUAUUUGAAACACAAAACCGAAAACAUUGUUUAUUUUGUUUUACAAAUUUUAAUCCUCAAAUUUUUUC